ACUGGGAGGGAGUUUGACUUGGCGGGGAGAGGUAAACAAAGUGUCACGGGUUGAGUAUCACAGAACACUACACGACACUUCUCCACCAUGAAGAUUUGUGGGCCCAAGUGUUCCCUGUGCUGUACCCUGCUUAGUGCGUGGGGCAUUGUGCAGCUGGGGAUCAUGGCAGUUCUAUUCUGGGUGAAGUCUCCAGCCUUCAUCGAGGACCUUUCCAUCCCAGAGGAGGCUCACCACGACGCCGGCCACUUCAUCGACGCCCUAGACAAAUCCUAUAAGACGAUCGCUCAAAACUGUGGUAUUGCUGCCGGUAUGUACGUCAUCACUCUCAUCAUCUCCGGCUGGCAAGUUAUGGUAAACAAGAGAAGUUAGGUCGGUCGGCAGCAGCAGCAGCAGUCUUGUGGCAAUAGCUCGGCUUACAGUAAUCAAUAAUUCAGCUGUGUGUAGGGAAGUGUGUGGUGUGUUUUGUCAAGUUCUCAACCUUGUGUGACAGUCAGGGAGUGGCUGGUACAUCAGACAAACUAACUUGAGAAUUAUAUAUUGUUCUGUUAAGUUUUCAGUCUCUUGUGGUAUUCAAGAAGAGGAUAGUACAUUAGUUUAACUGACUUGAGAAUUGUACAUUGCAUUUCGUUAAAUUCCCAGCCUUGUGUGACAGUUGUGGGGCAAAUGGUACAUUAGACUAACUAACUGAGCAACAUUAUAUUUUCCUGGGUGCUGUAGUGACAGUUAGCUAGAGCUUUGUGUGACUGUCAUUGUACCAAGAAAACCACCAUGAUUUACUAAGCUCUCUAGAAACUGUUACACUAUAUACUGGUCCCAAGAAAAAGCUACAUACUAACCUUACUUACCUCACAUUUUCAUCAACUUUGACCAUGUGUGACUUAACCAUGUGCCUUUUGAUGACAUGUGUGAUAAAUCUUAGUCUUCCCUGUCAUUCAUCAGUCCCAAUCCAGUUAGUCUCUAGUAGAAUCAUUAAUCUUACACAGCCAUAGUUGACACUGCCAGAAUGAUAGUGAGUGUAGUGUGAGACCUCCAGUAGUGAAUGGUUGACAGGUGUUACCUCUUGGCUGGCUGCAUCAUUAUGUAAGGGAGUUGCUGUUGCCCAUCAUACAAGCUGUCUGUUUUGCAUUACGGUUGUGUGUCUGUCUGAGUGUAAGAGUGGAAAAGUACAUAUGUUGAUUGAUGGUAUGAAUGCACUGGUUUAUAAAGGAAGUGAGGAACAAAAUGACUUGAUUGUUGCAUUUGUGAAGGGUUGAAAAAAAGGAAUAUUUUGAUGUUUGAAUUUUUAAGUGUUCUAUUAGAUGAUCUUCCUGUGUCUUGUUUACUUGUUUGUUAGUUUCUUAGGUUCCUGGUAAUAUAUUUAUGGGUUAGCUUAUAGAAAAGUUUAUGUAUAUUGCAAGCAGAUGUCGGCUCAUGAGUUAUUUUAUUUUACAUAGACGACACUGAGAAAAUUAUUAAUUACUACUGGUGCCAUUUUUAAGAGAUAUAAAUUAAUGAGAUAAGUUUUUAGACAGAUUAAUGAAGUAUGACAUUUAUCGGGUAUUUUUGGGUUAACUACUGCCAGUUUUGUUUGGAGGUAUUGUGGUUUACAGGGUAUCUUGGUACAGUGUGAUGGGAGGGAGAGGCUGAGCUGAGGGUGUGUGGCUCCACCUGCACACUCACUCAGGAAAAGGUGAAUCCAACACAAUAUGGAAACUUUCUUUUAUUUACAAAGAUCUAUUUAUUGAUGAAAAAUUUACAGUAAGGCACAGAGUCAUUAACAUACGCACAUUGUUACUACUACUACUAUGUGUAGGUAGUCCAUUAGUUGUACAGUAGUAAAAAAGGAACAAUUUGGAACACAACACGUUUCAUUGUAAACUCCUUGCGUUCACCGACUGUUGACACGAAGAACAGCCGUCGUUGCCGUGAACUGAGGGUAAAUCUUUGACACACACAUAUAUAUAUAUAUAUACUGUAUAUUUAUGUACAUUCCAGCAGAGUUAUCUUAUGGUGUUAAAUAAAGUAUGUGAGAGAAG